AUGGAGAUGGAGGAGUUGAUAGACAAGGCUUCAACAGGAGAAGCACUUAGUCGCUCGAGAAAGCAAUAUGAAUUGGCCAUGAACGGCCAGUGGGAAAGCCUAAAACGAUUCUACAAGGAUAGUGAUGAGUUUGAAGUACUUGGGCAAAUGACAACGAAGAACGACACUGUACUUCACGUGGCAGGCUUGGCUGGACGCAAAGACGUGCUUGAUUUUUUGAUUUCACUGAUAGAAGACAAGGAUGCGUUGAUAGUGGAGAACAACCGCGGUAACACCCCGCUUCAUGAGGUAGCUGCGUCCGGAAAUUUGGACUCAGCAAAGCUGUUGGUGGAUUAUCAUGGUGCUUUGGUGGAGAUUAGUAACCACUUAGGAGAAACCCCACUCUACAGGGCUGCUGCUUUUGGUCACACAAAAUUGGUUCAAUAUUUGGCUAACCAAGUAAGCGGCGAUAUAGAGCGGCACUUCCGUAGAAAGGAUAAAGUAUCCAUUCUUCAUAUGGCAGUACUUGGCCAACAUUUUGAGACUGCUCUUUGGUUAGUAACGGAGUACCCAGAUCUUGCGAAUAGAAGGGAAGAGAAUGGACUCACAAGUCUUCAAUUGCUAGCCCAAAUGCCGUCUGCCUUCAAAAACAAAUUUCGCGAAAGCAUAUGGAUGAAGCUGCACCGUCAUAUAUGCCUACGUAAUGAUGAUAACAUUGAUCGGGACCCAGCAAAUCAAAACGAUGACUUGGAGAGCGGAUUUAAUCAACCUUCCCAAUCUACUUUUUCAAACGAUGACUUGGAGACCGGGUCGACAAGAAAGAUCGGAAGGACUACUAUACGAUGGGCACCAAUCUGUAUUAUGGGCGAGGAAAUGCAAAAUCAAAACGUACUAUUGGAAUUCACUGAUUUGCUCGUCCGGAAGGACUAUUCAUGGGGGGAAAUUGAAACAGAAGAAGUAGUCAAUACAUUUUCUCUGGUGUCAAAACCAAAUAAUAUUCCGCAGGAAAAAGAAGAUGCUGAAACCAAAUCUACUUAUGAGUAUAUUCCAUUGUUUAUAGCAACUAGAACUGGAAUAUCACAAAUUGUGGAAAAGAUUUUGAAGUUUCAUCCUCAAGCAGUGGAGGCGCACGAUAUCAAGCAUCAACAAAACAUUUUGCACAUGGCAAUUAAGUAUCGUCGGUUGGCCAUCUUUAAGAUUGCAAAGAAGAACAAAUUCAUAACCUCAAGGCUGGCUGACGUGAUUGAUAACGAUGGGAACACCAUAUUGCACCACGCUGCAGAUAUGAGCUAUUACUCUGUGGACGCUAAAGGUACAUAUGGUCCUGCAUUUCAGUUGCAAGAAGAAUUGCAUUGGAUGGCGCGUGUGCAAAAGAUAAUCCCAGUUAAUUACACCAUGCACUGCAACAAGAAGGGUGUGACAGCGGAUGAGCUCUUUUCUAGUCAGCAUGAAAAGCUUCUUCAGUCAGCAAAAGUAUGGAUGAAAGAAACUGCUCAGUCAGGCUCGGUCGUGGCGGCUUUGGUGGCCACCGUGGCCUAUGCAGCUGUGUACACGGUUCCCGGGGGUACUAAUCAGAACGGGCUUCCUAAUCUCCGGCACUCUCCUUUCUUCAAAGCAUUCACCAUUUCGAACACUGUCUCGCUUGUCUUCUCAUUGACUUCUUUGGGUACGUUUCUCAAUAUCACGAGGUCUCCAUUUGAGUACAAAAACUUUCACCAUUCUCUUCCCUUCAAGCUGAAUUUAGGGUUCCUCCUUCUCUUCUGCUCGCUGCUAGUGUCCAUGCUCACCUUCGCUGCUACUAUUGUGCUCUUGAUUCAUCAUCAAAAGAUAUGGACUAUUUCCCUCAUUUACGUUGUUGUUGCCAUUCUUCCUUUUUCUAUGUUUGGGCUCAACCAUAAUCGUUUUUAUGAAGUAUUUUUCAAAGGUUUGAAAGACAUUAAAAAGAAACUUAGGUGUUGUAAGAGGACGUACUUUAGAAUAAGAAUGCAGCUGUAG